AACCAGAAUCUCCAUGAACAAACUACAUAAACUCUCCAUCAUUCAACAUUUCACCAACAUCUUCUUCUCUCAAUCCAAUAAGAACCCAAAUCGCAACAAUGCCCCUCGAUCCUUCUAUCUCUCCUUCUUCCACCAUUCCCAUUUCCUCCAUCUUUCAACCUCAAUUUUAAGGAGGAAAAACAGGGGAGGUGAAGCCCACAAACUUCUGCAAUUCAUCCUUUCAUCAAUCGAUUAUUUCGUUAUAUUUCCAUCAUUUCAUACAUAAUACAAAAUACCCACAUGUCUACACUGUGUAAAACAUCGAAAUUGUAAUCUGAAUCAUUGAGGUUUUUCGUCGAACAGGUUAUCUGCAUGUUAUGAAUUUAGAAUUUAUUUGAUUAUUGUUGUUAUUUGCUUGAGGGUUUUUAGUUUCUUGUUAGAAUUAUGUUCGCAUUUGUGUUGCAAUCAUCAGAUUGUUGUAGAUAAUCAUUUUGGUGUAAGGGUGUUCAUUAUUGGGUUUGAAACCGAUUAAUCCGAAAACAGAACAGAGACUGUAUGAAACCUGGAAAAAUUAGUGAUAUGAUUUAGAGAAAGAUGUAUGCUGUAGGCAGGCUAAGCAGCUAUAUAACCCGAGGGGUAUCCACGGUAUCCGGCCCGUUUCAUCCGUUCGGUGGGGCUGUAGACAUCAUAGUGGUUCAACAACAAGACGGUAGCUUGAAAUCGUCUCCAUGGUAUGUUAGGUUUGGUAAGUUUCAAGGGGUUUUAAAGGUGAAAGAGAGAGUUGUUGACAUACAUGUUAAUGGGGGGGCUGCAGCCGGUUUUCAAAUGUAUUUGAACCCGAAAGGGGAGGCUUACUUUCUUAGGGAAGGAACUGACCCGGAUUCGAAAUCUCAAGAUUGCGAUUUUGGGAAAUGUAAGUCACUUAUUGAUGCUAACAAUGGGCAAUCUUUUUCUAGGACUUUAGGGUUUACUCUUGAAAGAAAAGAUGUAAAUGAUGAUGGUUUGUUGAAUGAAGAUGGUAAUCCGAACGUUGAUCAAAAGUCUGCGGAGAUUGCGGCCGACCUUUUGGAACGGAAGUGGUCCACGAGUCUUUCUAGGAAAGCGAACAAUGAAAAUAUCGGCGAACAUGUUAAGUUUGAAGAAGAGGUUAUUAGUGGAAAGUUGGAGUCGAGUUUGGUUUUGCACGAAGAACACUUUGUACAUAAACCGAAAGACGAUGAAAAUGAGGAAGUUGCAAAAGAGGUUGAUAAAGUCAUCAUAGCAAAUGUUGAUAAAGAUGGCAUUGUGGAAAUUUAUGAAAGUUAUGACGGUUCGUUGGGGAAUAAUGUUUUGAAGGAAGAACCGUCGAAGGUUGUUGAGGCGAGUUGCACCGAAGUUUCAUGUACUCGAAAAGAAAGUGUUGUUCCAGACGAUAACGAUAAGUCAAACGGUCAACUUCAAGAAGAACCCGAAAGAGUUGUGGAACAACAUGUCACUUUCACGGAUCGGGUCGAUGAUGGGUUAAUGGAUCCAGAACACGGGUCAAAUGCAUCUCCAUGUACCAUUGAUCGCGAUAUAGUUAAAGGUGAAGUGGAACGGGUGAAGGCACUUACUAGAAAGUAUCCGAGUGAUGGUGAUGUGGUUAAGACUUAUAAACUUAUGGAGGAACUAAAUCUACACGUACCGCAUACGAAGUCGUUGCCGAAUAUUUUGCCCCAUUUUGAUGAAUUUGAUACUCUUGAUUCCCGACAAAGAUUCGCUAAGUGGGAAAUGGUCCGGAAAGAUGCUUCACGGAUCAUAAAAGCUGGCAUUGAACAAGCGAAGUUGAAGAAUGGUGAUGGAUCAAACAUCGACACUGGUAAAAGUUGGACCCUUUGGCCCUUCGGAAGAUCGAAAAGUAAAAGGUUUUCUCAAAAAGAACAACAGGCGUGUAAAAAAGAUUCCGAGUUAGAUAACAGGUCAGAAGUGGAUGGAGAAAAAGAUAGAGAGAAAGAUAAUUUACCGAAGCCUAAAAAGAUUCAGUUUUAUAAAGGGCUCACUCCAACGCCCGAACAGUUACAGUCUUUGAAUCUUACCGAGGGCAAAAACACGGUAACGUUCAAGUUUUCAACAGCAGUUCUUGGGAAUCAACAGGUUGAUGCAAGAAUAUUCUUGUGGAAGUGGGAUACGCACAUCGUGAUCUCGGAUGUUGACGGAACAAUCACAAAAUCUGAUGUUUUAGGACAAUUCAUGCCUAUGGUAGGAAAAGACUGGUCACAUAUCGGUGUAACAAAUCUCUUUUCGGCUAUUAAGGAUAACGGAUAUGAAAUUCUAUUUCUUAGUGCUCGCUCAAUUUCUCAAGCUGACGUCACUCGACAAUUCUUAAUCAACCUUAAGCAGGAUGGAAAGACUUUACCUGAAGGACCCGUUGUUAUUUCUCCUGAUGGACUUUUUCCGUCAUUGUUUCGUGAAGUUAUCCGAAGAGCUCCCCACGAGUUCAAGAUUGCUUGCUUGGAGGAUAUCAGGGUGUGUUUUCCAGACGAUUGGAACCCGUUUUACGCUGGUUUUGGAAAUAGAGACACCGAUGAGUUUAGCUACGUCAAGGUAGGAAUACCAAAGGGAAGAAUCUUCAUCAUCAAUCCUAAGGGAGAGGUGGUUGUAAACCGAUGCAAUGAGACGAAAACAUAUAAUUCUAUUCAUUCUAUUGUCAAUGGAAUUUUCCCACCCAAAUCAGAACAACAAGAACAAAAACAAGAACAAGAACAAGAAGGAGGUUGAUACACAAAGGGGGAUUGUAACACUUGGAACUUCUGGCUAAGCGCGCAUUGGACAAUGAGCGGCUUAUGAUAAGAGAUGUACAUAGAAUCAUUGAGAAACCGAAUGAAUGUAUUUAAUAGUUAUGAAACAAGAUGUAAUUAUAUACACACACCACUAGAAUUACCAGCAUUCAAAUUUGUUCAUAUGAAUUUGUGAUAGGGUUCAUAUGCAUUCAUUGCAAUCAUGUUAGAAACUUCUAAAGUUGCU